CUGAGAGAAUGUUUCUUUAAGACCCAUUACCUUCCAAUCCGACAGAGGGGGAGUCUGUGGUAAGGUGGCGUAUCGUCUCUCUCCGCGUCCCCCCACCCCCACCCCCCUCCUCGCCGUUUACAUGUGGAAAAAGAGAGACAGAAGAAGAAGAAGGAAAAAUAACACAUACACUAAGUAUUACUCCGGUUUCGGAUGAGGGGCACGGACACCGAGGCGCGAUCCGGCGGUGAUGGACCUAAGGAAUAUUUAACAUCAAACAUGGACACUACAGGCUCCCCGCGAUGACUGUGCUCUCACCCCCGGUGCUGUGAGGAGCUCUGCCUCGUGGACACAAUUUAGGAGCAUCGGCCCUCUUUUAUCCCUUCCUUCCCCAUAACCCCUUUCCCUUCCUCACCCUCCGCCAAUCCCAGCCACCCACAGAACGGCUUCCCCGUAGAUACUCCUUCCUCUUGCAUAACACAGCAACACAUAAGCAUUCUGAUCAUUUACCAUGCAGGUUGGGACUUUAAAGGAAGACUAGUGAGCAAAGACAUACAGAGUGCUUGAUAAAAAAUAAAUAAAUUAAAAAAAAAACAUAAAGGCAAUAAUCAGAGAAAGAUAUGCAGACCAAAGGAAUGAUAUUUUUGGAAAACUGAAGAUGUAAAGAUUUAUAUUUUGUACAUCAAACUUUUAGUAUGAGCUCAUAAAAACCCAAGGCACGAAGACAAACACUUUGCACGCACAAUCCCUCGUUUAGUUUUCCUUAUUAACUUGACACACACGCCACGGUCUCAUGAUGAUGUGCGAGGUGAUGCCCACCAUUUCUGAGGAUGGGCGGAGUGGGACUGGAGGGGGACCUUCCUCACCUGCCGGGGCAGGAGUCGGAGGCCCCGGAGGUGCGAUGGGCGGAGGAGGCUUCAGUGGGAGGGAGGCUAGGGGCGGAGGAGACGAAGGAGGCAGCACAGGGAACCUGGAGUCGUUAAUGGUCAACAUGCUGACGGAGAGGGAGAGGCUCCUGGAGAACCUGAGGGAGACACAGGACAGUCUGGGCACGGCUCAGCUCCGCCUCCGUGAGCUGGGCCAUGAAAAGGAGUCACUUCAGAGGCAGCUAUCCAUCGCUCUGCCACAGGAGUUUGCUGUGUUGACUAAAGAGCUGAACGUUUGCCGGGAGCAGCUUCUGGAGAGGGAGGAGGAGAUUGCCGAGCUCAAGGCGGAGAGAAACAACACACGUUUGUUGCUGGAACACCUGGAGUGUCUGGUGUCUCGCCAUGAGCGCAGUCUGAGGAUGACGGUGGUGAAAAGACAAGCCCAGUCCCCGGCAGGGGUCUCCAGUGAGGUGGAAGUCCUCAAGGCCCUCAAGUCUCUGUUUGAGCACCACAAGGCUCUGGAUGAGAAGGUGCGAGAGAGACUGCGUGUGGCCCUCGAGAGGGUGUCCAUGUUAGAGGACCAACUUGCCGCAUCUUCUCAAGAGGUAAUCUCUUUAAGAGACCAAAUUAAAAGACGUCAACAAGGGGUGGACGGCGGGAAAGAUCGACUACCCAAUGGUCCCUCCACUGGUCUGGAGGAUAGCGAACUGGAGAGACAGCGAGAAGGAGAGAUAGAGAGGCAGAGAGCUGAACUCUCCCAGCUGAGGGAGAGGCUGGCCCUCAUGUGCCGACAGGUUGGGGAAAUAGAGGAACAGCUUGCGGCCGCCAGGAGGGAGGUGACGAAGUCAGAGGAGGCCAAUCAGAAGCUCCAAAGGGAAGUGAAAGAGGCCCUUUGCCAAAGGGAGGACAUGGAGGAAAGGAUUACAACACUAGAACGCAGGUACCUCAGCGCCCAGAGGGAGGCGACUUCUCUCCACGAUAUCAAAGACAAGUUGGAAAAUGAGCUGGCCAGCAAGGAAUCACUGCACAGACAGAGUGAAGAGAAGAACAGACAGUUGCAGGAACGUCUGGAUGAAGCCAAGCAGAAGCUGCAGCAGACUCUACAGAGGGCAGAGACGCUGCCUGAGAUCGAGGCCCAGCUUGCCCAAAGGGUUGCUGCUCUCAACAAGGCAGAGGAGCGCCAUGGAAACUUUGAGGAGCGACUACGGCAAAUGGAAGCUCAGCUGGAGGAGAAGAACCAAGAGCUGCAGAGGGCGAGGCAGAGGGAGAAGAUGAAUGACGAACACAACAAACGGCUCUCAGACACAGUGGACAAGCUUCUGUCUGAGUCUAAUGAGAGACUGCAGCUCCACCUCAAAGAGAGGAUGGCAGCACUGGAGGAGAAGAACGCUCUGUCAGAGGAGCUGUCCAAUAUGAAGAAAAUCCAGGAUGAUCUUCUAGCUAAUAAGGAACAGCUCCUUGCUGAGCUGGAGCGAAUCCAACUGGAGCUGGAUCAGCUGAGAGGCAGGCCAGGCUCUUCUUAUUCCAGGGCGGGCAGCGUGAGCUCACUUCCAUCCACCCUUUUUCGAAGAUCUCUUCCAGGGAGCGCCUCGGAGCUGCGGUACCCCCAGGGUGGAGGCUCGCUCCCGUCGGGCUAUGGCAACUCCUCCAGUGGGGUGGUGGUCAGGCGGACGCACCGCGGCCGGUGGGGGGGUCCUAGAGACGAUAGUAACAAGUAUGGAGACUGGGACAGUGGAUCUAUGCUGGGUCCUGGCUACGAGGGUGGGGAAGGAGGCUGCUCUGACGACGAGGACGACAGAGAGACUCUGUUCGGAUCGGAGCUGCUGUCUCCCAGCGGACAGACAGAUGUACAGACUUUGGCCAUCAUGCUACAGGAGCAACUGGAGGCCAUUAACAAGGAGAUUAAGCUGAUUCAGGAGGAGAAGGAGAGCACAGAGCUGAGGGCAGAAGAGAUUGAGAGCCGAGUUAGCAGCGUAGCCCUUGAUGCCCCACCUCUUCCACCCUCCUCGCUGGGAGGACGGGACAGCGUCGGGAGGGGAUACAUGACUCCCUCCAUCACCUCCUCCACGUUGGCGUCUCCCUCACCGCCCAGUUCUGGACAUUCCACCCCCCGCCUGCCACAUUCCCCUGCCAGGGAGACUGACAGACAGAAUAGCAAAGAGGGUGAAGAAUGCAGAGCACUUGCCCUCAUUGACUCCAGCCCUGCUGUUCCGCGAGCCCUACGACUGGACCGAAUGACACACACUCACCCAGGAGCAGGCCUCGAUGACCUCCGCGAAUUUCGCAGUCUCUCUGCUGAUGGUUCCACCACUGCGAGUCAGGACUCCCUCCACAAGGCUAGCAAAAAGAAGAGCAUCAAGUCGUCCAUCGGUCGCCUCUUUGGCAAAAAGGAAAAGGGGAGGAUCGGUGCACCUGGGCGCGAAUCUGCCUCACUGGCCUCCACACCCUCUGAUGACCUGGGCUCAGCUGACCCGUUAGGCCUGGCGAAACUUGGGACCGGAACAGUGGAGAAAGACCGCCGUAGCAAAAAGAAGCACGACCUGUUAGAGGAAGCCUGUCGUCAAGGUCUGCCCUUCGCCUCGUGGGAUGGCCCGACUGUUGUUACGUGGCUUGAGCUGUGGGUAGGGAUGCCGGCAUGGUAUGUGGCAGCAUGUCGUGCCAACGUGAAGAGCGGCGCCAUCAUGGCUAACCUGUCGGACACGGAGAUCCAGAGGGAAAUCGGCAUCAGCAACCCUCUACACAGGCUCAAACUCCGCCUGGCCAUCCAGGAAAUGGUCUCCCUCACUAGUCCGUCUGCACCUGCAAGCACUCGCUCUUCGACCAGUAAUAUUUGGAUGACACAUGCUGAGAUGGAGUCUCUAACUGCUGCCACCAAGCCAGAGCAGAAGGAGUUCAGCUGGGACCAGAUCCUGGCCUAUGGCGACAUGAACCACGAGUGGGUGGGAAACGAAUGGCUGCCCAGCCUGGGUCUGCCCCAGUAUCGCUCCUACUUCAUGGAGUCACUGGUGGACGCCCGUAUGCUUGAUCACCUCACCAAGAAAGAACUGAGGGGCCAGCUGAAGAUGGUAGACAGUUUCCACAGGGUGAGUCUUCACUAUGGGAUCAUGUGCUUGAAGCGCUUGAACUAUGACAGGAAGGAGCUGGAGAGGAGGAGGGAUGAGAGUCAACACCAGAAUCAAGAUGUAAUGGUGUGGUCCAAUGAACGAGUGAUGUGUUGGGUGCAGUCUAUCGGUCUCAAAGAGUUUGCAGACAACCUAUUAGAAAGCGGCGUGCAUGGGGCCCUCCUGGCGCUAGAUGACACCUUCGACUACACCGACUUGGCCCUCCUCCUCCAGAUACCCAAUCAGAACACACAGGCGAGGCAGCUCCUAGAGAAGGAGUACAAUGCUCUCAUCUCCAUGGGAACAGAGAGGAGGCCAGAUGAGGACGGCACGAAAACAUUUACACGGUCACCAUCAUGGAGGAAGAUGUUCCGAGAGAAGGACCUCCGCGGCGUGACCUCCGACUCCUCAGAAACGUUACCUGCCAACUUCCGUGCCUCCGCCAUCUCGACCCCCUCCGUCACCCUGAGAAAAGUCCAGAGUGAAGUAGGUCCGAGAGGAGAGUCGGGGUCCGUGAGAACAUAUUCCUGCUAAAAGAUAAGCACACCAGAGCCCCACCUCCAUCCUAACCCAAGGGAAUAAAAUAAAAAAACACAUUUUUGAGGAAAAAAAACACCUAAGGAUCAAAAUCAAAAAUGGACACUAGAAGAUGACCAACAACUUUCGAGCGAGACGUCUCGAAGAAUCAAAGACACUGAGUGAAUGCUUUCUGAAAAGAUGAAAAAAAAACAAGGAGUGAAUGUCUGUUUAUCCAUCUGUUACUCUCUCUAUCUCUCUUUCUAUCUCUCACUCUCUCGCUCUCUCUAUCUCUCACCCCAUCUUGAUCCAUAGUUGUGGCAUGAUGCUGUUUGAUUCUGUAGAAAGUGGCCUGUAGAAAGUGACCAUCGCCUAUCGUGAAUACAUCCUCUGUUUUUUGAGUGUGAGAUGGCAAAUAUUGACACAAUGAAUUUAUAGUUUUUAAAAAUUGGAAACUGCAUUCCUUGUUCGGAUCACGAGAAAGAGAACCCCGUCACACACCCUUUCAGGUGAUCUUACUUUGAUUUAGACUGAUAGUAGAACAUACUCUGGAUAGUUAACAUCACAACACGGUAGAGUUUGGGGAGAGGUAGGUUGAAAGGGAGAAUAUGGGUGUACGCAGGGGGGGAAUUAAAUGUAUGUUCUUAAGCCAUAACAGACAUGAGAUGCACAAAUGUGAAUAGGACGGACAAUGAGACAAUUAGCAAAGUGCUUUACGACAAAAAUCCUGUUCAAAGUGGGGGAUUUAAAAAAAAAAAAAAAAAAGAA